UUUUUUGGUCUACUUUUCGUUACGUUUUUGCUCCCCCUACUGGUAGGGUCAACUUAUUACAUAGGUUAUAAAACACACACACACGGCUUUUGUAACUACUAGUCAGCUGGUGUUUGGUAACGAGUACUGGCGACAGAGAACGUAAUGUUCGCCAGUUUAACACACUUUUACUUGCACUAUACCGUCACUUUUCACAUUUAAGAUGCCUCACUCAGCCGCCGGUGACCAAGCUGCGGUGAGACAGAUGUUGAGGGAGGUGCUGGUGGGACGAGAAGAUCCGGAGGGCUUCUUCGCGAUGUGUGUCUCCGUCCUGGGGCACCAAGAGACCCGCUCACAGUUUCUGUCCAUCAUCAAGCCACUGUCCACGGCCAACAUCCGGCUGCACUCUGUCCUCAGUUCCAUCUACCAGGAAUAUUUCUCAAAGAUGGAGGAUGAUGAGCUGGAGCUUGCUCUGGCUCUCUCGCUUCUGGAAAUGAAGGAUCAACAGAUAUCAACCCCUAACCAAUUAUCCCUGCACCCUGCAGGCGGCGGCAAUGCAAGCAGCGUUCUACGUAAUUCAAGCGCAAAGUCUCAGGGAAACAGUUGCACCCAACAAGAAGAUGUACCUGGCAGAGAAAAGAGUGCCUUUGUGGCGCAGUCAAUGUCCGGUAGUAAGGAAAACUUCAGAGAGAACCAAACUUAUAAAAGUACACAUGUUGAAGGUGUUAACAAAUCACUUGGAACAAGCCAGGCUCUUUAUGUUCCAGAUACCUCUACCUCGUUUUCUAUUCCAAACACAGCAUCCAUAAGUGGCCAAGUUAUGAAGGAGGGAGAUUUGAAUCUAUCAAAGAAACCGAGACGUUCUAAAAAUAGGCGGCAACGGCGAAAAGCAGCUGCCCAGCAGAUUGUAGGUUUAGCCCGUUCUCCAUCAGCGCCACCACCUGUUUUACUUUGGUUCAGGCGAGACCUUAGACUCUGUGAUAACCCUGCUCUUAUCAGAUGUCUUGAGCUGGGUGCACCUGUCAUUCCUGUCUUUAUUUGGAGUCCUGAGGAGGAGGAGGGUCCAGGGGUCACCGUUGCUAUGGGGGGAGCUUGUAAAUACUGGCUUCAUCAGGCUUUGUCUUGCUUUUGUGCAUCCCUGGAGCGGAUUGGCAGUCAUCUCGUCUUUCUCAACGCCAGUGGAGACGGGAACAAAGACGGAUCUUCUCUGCAUACGCUGAAAACAUUAGUAAAGGAGACCGGGGCGCAAACUGUGAUGGCUAAUGCUUUGUACGAACCGUGGCUGAAGGAGAGGGAUGAUGUGGUCUUCUCAGCCCUGCACAAAGAAGGCGUUGAAUGUAAAAUGUUCCACUCGUACUGUCUCAGAGAUCCGUUUUCUGUCAGCACAGAGGGUGUGGGGCUCAGAGGCAUAGGUUCAGUGUCUCAUUUCAUGAACUGCUGCAGACAAAACCCAGGAGCUUCUAUAGGUGUUCCUCUGGACCCACCAGAGUCUCUUCCUUCACCUACCCGUUGGCCACAAGGUGUCCCAUUGGAUAUGCUUGGCCUCGCACGCAUGCCACGCAGGAAGGACGGCACGAUUAUUGACUGGGCAGCAAACAUUCGCAAGUCCUGGGACUUUAGUGAAGAUGGCGCACAUGCCCAACUGGAAGCCUUUCUUCAUGAUGGUGUGUAUAGAUAUGAAAAAGAGUCAGGCAGGGCAGAUGCUCCGAACACCAGCUGUCUGUCUCCCUACCUGCACUUCGGUCAGCUCAGUCCACGCUGGCUUCUAUGGGAUGCCAAAGGAGCCAAGUGUCGACCCCCAAAGUUCCAGCGGAAGCUGGCCUGGAGGGAUUUGGCUUACUGGCAGCUAACACUGUUUCCUGAUCUACCCUGGGAAUCACUCAGACCUCCAUACAAGGCUUUACGUUGGAGCACUGAUUGCCACCAUCUAAAGGCUUGGCAGAAAGGUAAAACCGGCUACCCUCUGGUUGACGCAGCCAUGAGGCAGCUGUGGCUGACAGGCUGGAUGAACAACUACAUGCGACAUGUAGUGGCAUCUUUUCUCAUUGCGUAUCUCCAUCUGCCUUGGCAAGAGGGCUAUCGCUGGUUCCAGGACACCCUCGUGGACGCAGAUGUUGCUAUCGAUGCUAUGAUGUGGCAGAACGGUGGUAUGUGUGGCCUGGAUCACUGGAACUUUGUGAUGCAUCCAGUUGAUGCAGCAAUGACCUGUGACCCAUACGGCAGCUAUGUCAGGAAAUGGUGUCCUGAGCUUGCGGAUUUGCCAGACGAGCUCAUACACAAACCCUGGAAGUGUCCUGCAUCCAUGCUGCGGCGAGCAGGUGUGGUGUUUGGCCAGACGUAUCCUGAACGAAUAGUUACUAAUCUAGAGGAGCAGAGGAGCAAAUCUCUACAAGAUGUGGCUCUGGUGCGCAAGCAGUUUCAACAGUAUGUUGACAAGUGCUCAGGCUGUGAUUUGGUGCCUUUGCCCAAACGCCUUGUAUCUGAGGCUCUAGGUUUGUCUCACUGGGACGGGGCUGUGGUGACAGAGGGCAAAGAGUUCCUGCUGCCUGUCAUCACCCGCAUGGAAUUUAAACACCAGCUGGAAGACCCGGACGCAGAUGCUGCCUCAAACCCUUACAACGCUGUCCUGAAAGGAUACGUGAGCCGCAAGAGGGACGAGACCAUAGCGUUCCUAAAUGAGACAGACUUUACAGCUAGUGUGAUGUACGAGGGAGCACAGAGACAGGAGAGACUAGAGAGGGAUUACCGCAGAAUGGAGGGGCUCCCUCCGGCUCCUUCAAACCGCGGAAGGGCCAGAAGGACUCCAACAGCCAAGGACAAGUUCUCUGUCAUACCCGGUGGCACCAUCGCUUCAAGGAACUGAAGCGGAGAUGAACAUGAAAUACUUCAAGGAUCGAAGUUACAAAAUUGUAAUGUUAAAAAAAGUGCAAGUUAAGAAAUGUACUUGUCUUGGUUGGGUUUUAAAACAUUGCUGGUGUAUUUUUUUAAAGUGAGCAGCUGUCUCCACAAGCAACUUCCAUCCCUCUACAUGCACACUACAAUGUUGGUUCAGACAGCAGUGUACUUUAUUGUAUUGCAAAUUCCUAUAUAUACAGCGACUUGGAAAAUUAAGUCUUCUUAAACUUUUUCCAAUUUUUCUACAUUAUAACCACAAUGUACUUCAUUAGGAUUUUAUAUAGCACAUCAAUACAAUGUAGUGCACAACUAUGAAGUCGAAGGAAACUGAUGCAUAGUCCUUGGAUUUGGAAAUUUAAUCUCAAAGUAGUUACAAUGAAGAGAGUCUGUGACCAAUUUUUCUGAGGACCAAUUUUUAGGUCUCCACACAUUCUUAGUUGGAUUUAGGUUUGAACUUUGACUGGGCCAUUCAGACAUGUAUAUGCUUUGAUUGAAUCCAUUCCACUGCAGCGCAUGCUGCUUUUAUGGUUGUUGUUCUUGUAAAUCUCAGGAUAUGUUUAGCUUCCCAUAGCUUUUCUUCCUGGAAAACAGUGAUUGCUUUUGGCUCCAUUCACUUUCCCCAUCAACUCUAACCAGUUUCCCUGUCCCUGCAUCCGCAAAAUGAAGAUGCCACCACCAUCCACCCUGAGGAUGGGUGGAUGGUGAUGCCCAAUAUUACGUUUCAACCAUGCAUAAUGUACAUGUUGGCCAGAAAGUCCAGUUUCGGUGUCAUCAUCUUCUCCCACCUGGUGUCUCACCACUCUUCUACAAAGGUUGUAUCUUUGAAAUGUACAACCAUUUUCCCACCUGACUUAAGGAUCUCUGCUGCUCCAUUAAUGCUAAUAAGAGCCUCUUUUGUUGCUUCCCUGUUCAAUUCUGCUCCUACCUGGCCAGUCAGUUCAGGGGGAUGGAGAUGUCUGGAUGGGUUUGAUGGUGUGCCAGAGUGUGAACAAUGCUCUGUAAAAUCUUCCACAUUCUCCUUAAGUAUUCCAAUUUGAUAUUUGUUCUUCAUGAUGUUAUUUCUCUAACAAACCUCUCAGACCUUCUCAGAACAACGAUAUUUAUACCAAGAUUGAACACAGAUGGACUCUAUGUAGCAUUUACACGACUAUUGAAGGCAGAUUGAAUUUCAUCUGGAAACACC